AUGAGCAGCCUCCGGGCACUGCCGCACUCUCGCUGGAGUGAGCCGCCACGCAAGCUGCUCCUCUACAACCACAACCCCAAAGCGGGUGGGGGCAGCGUGUAUGCAGCCUUGGACCUAGCAAUCGGUCAACGUUGCAGCAGCGUAUUGAACGCGACACCAGAUUGCUGGGCGACGGUUCAUGAGGAAUGCUUUUCGGGGCGAGAAGAGCAGGCACAAUUCUUCGUGCUGGGCAGCGUGCGAGAGCCAUGUGAUCAUUACUUAUCGCUCUGGGCCUUUGGCUCUGCAGGGCGGGGCGUCAGCCCGUGCAACCAAGACAAAGAAGCUUCCCUGUGCAAAGAGCAGUAUGGCAAAGACCCGCCAUACUUCAACAGCUCGGCUGAUGUCAACCGAUUUCAUCGCUGGAUGGGGUUUCCAAGUGUUCAAGGCGAAGUUGCCCAUCGCUUCAUGAACAGUUAUGUAGACGCAGAGGGGGAGACGUUCGUGGACUGCUGGGUCGUCACCGACCGCUUUCUGGACAGCCUGUUUCGCUGUCUUCGUAUGUUCGCGAGCCAGGGUGGGAGGACGCAGCACUUUACGACUUGCGACCUUGGAUUUGGCCGCAACUUUGGCUUUGCAGGAUGUUGUCAGCCCAGCUACCCGCCGCCGCCCACGCAUCCCGCGCAAGAGAAGGUGGCCUUGAAUCUGGAGCAAGGGAGGGGCGGCGGAAUGACCGAAGGCGAUAUGGCACCUCUUGCUAUAGCUCUGUCUGCCGUGGUGAAAGCUAUGCCCAACCAGUUCAAUGUCCCGCUUGAACACGACCGGUCGAACACCGGUGCACUUUUGGCGGAUGCGGGCUAUGCCACGGGCUUUACAGGCAAGUUCCAUGUUGGGCCCUUGUGGACGCAAGAGCAGCUGCUUGAGUACUCCAGCGCGAACCAUAGCGACCGGUUAGGCAUGAGCAAUCUCUUCUGCCGGAAUGAGCUGACUGCUCGGGAGAUCAUCCGGCGGACAUACGGCUUCACCUGGGCGAAACAUGUCUACGACCAGAAUAUGCGUCAGCCAUUCGCAGAGCACAACCCGGACUGGACCCUCGCUGCGGCACACGAAUUUCUUGAGGCACAUCAGCAGCAGGCGUUUUAUUUACACGUGUGCACUACCCUGAUGCAUGGGACUCCAGGAAGUUGGGCGCGGGCGCUGGACUUUCCAGCCGUCUCGGGGGAGGGGCUUCUUGGUUGGUGA